UUUAUUGUGAUUUGUGUUGACAGUGUUGAUGAAGAUGCAGCAGUAUGCAGUUACUCACAUUCACUAACAAUAAUACUUUACAUACACAAACUCAUCUCUACUAUUAUAAACACAUCAACAUCUUUAUAUUGUCAUUCAUAUUCUCUCAUCUCUCUCUCAGUGGAUGUGACUCUGGAUCCUGAUACAGCUCAUCGUAGACUCAUCUUGUCUGAAGAUGGUAAACAAGUGAGAACUAGAGACAAUGAGCAAAAUCUCCCAGAUAAUCCAGAGAGAUUUGAUUAUUGCCACUGUGUCCUGGGAAAAGAGGGAUUCACCUCAGGGAGAUUUUAUUUUGAGGUUCAGGUGAAGGGAAAGACUAACUGGGAUGUAGGAGUGGCCAGUGAAUCUAUUAACAGAAAGGGAAGAAUCACAGCGACUCCUCAGGAUGGACACUGGGUUGUGGUUUUGAGGGAUGAGAGGGAUUAUUCAGCCUUUGCCGGACCCCCUGUCUUGCUGUCUCUGAGGUUGAGUCCACCGAAGGUCGGGGUGUUUGUGGAUUAUGAGGAGGGUUUGGUUUGUUUUUAUGAUGUAGAGUCCAGGUCUCAUAUCUACUCUUUCACUGCUCAAACUUUUACUCAAAAACUUUUUCCAAUAUUUAGCCCAUGUCUUAAUGAUAAAGGUAAAAAUGUAGCACCACUGAUAAUCUCACCUGUUCAUUAUAACAAAUUAAUUUAAAAUCAGUAUUAGGUGUUCAUCUGUGUGUUUUUGUCUUCUGUUUUGUAAUCUAGCCUUUUUCACUUGUAUUUUUAUUUUAAUUCCCUGUUGUGGUCAUGUCUCUCUGUACCCUGCCCUAUUGUGUUUAUCUUUUUAGGGUUAUAUAUAGCAAUGGUGUUUUCUCUGCUUCUGGUUGGUUGUUGGUUUACAUUUCUAGCUUGCUCUGUCUGUUGAAAAAAAAGCUAUCCACCUGUUUUUUGACUUGACUGGCUGUUUAAUGUUUAUUAUGAAAUCCAGGAAGACCGACAUAAUUUGUGCAGUUAGGGGUUGCCAUAAUAGCUGAUAAAAACGCAGUAAAUCUCUACAAAACGUUUGUUUUAACCAUAAUCCAUGCACAAGAACUGAAUGUGUAUGUGGCGCACAAGCACUCAUGAUCUGUAUUUACAAAUCCAUCCAGUAGAACCUUUUAUAGAAACUACCAGUAAACAAUAAAUACAAUCAUUGUUUAAAAACAACUAAUAUUAUGCUGAUAAAAAUAUGCUGAUUUAUUUAUUCUGCUACUAUAUAUUAUUACAAAAAUGCGAUAACAGUACAGAAUAUAUACGUCAUUAUCUGCUUAGUU